AUGACCUCUGCGGACUUGCAUUUUCCCCAGCUAGAACGCAGGUACACGGAACAAACCAUAGGGUCAGAAAUCUCAGGUCCUGCUCUCACCGACGAGAAUUCUAUAGCAAGCCCGAAUGCCUUCCUCUUCCCCAGUCUGCCAGCCGAAUCGCCAUCUGGAAUAGCGGAUCCAUUCGGUGCCUUGCUGGACCAAGAGCUGCCUGAACUCACCACGGAUGUUUGGCCCACUAAAGUCAAUGAAACGACCUUGCUACCUUGGAUCGACGUAUACUUCAAGCGGCUACACCCGACUAUACCAGUUCUCAGCCGGGCGAACAUGUACUCCGAUAUGCUGUUACGGAAGCAUCGCAUUGAUCCUCAGCAUGGUGCAAUGCUGUUGAGCUUGUGUGCUUUUGCCAUGACACAGCCAGUUCAGAUGCACGAGAGAGCAUCGAUGCCGUCUCGAACUGUCCAAGCUCGCAUGCUGAUGGAGGAGAGUGUGAAGAUGCGAGUGGCAGCAGACUUUGGCGAGGACCCGUCGGUGGAGAUGAUCCUGGCGAGCUUCUUCUUGUUCGCUUGUUUGUUUGGCAGUAAUCAACACAAGGCGGCUCGACAUCGGCUGAGAGAGGCCGUCGAUCUGGCAUACUCACUCGGAUUGCAUUUGCCAACGUCGUACCAAGGCCUGAGCCCCGAGGCAAGAGAACAGUGGUUACGGACUUACCUGGUUCUGUCAGUCACAGAGCGAGCAUACGCAUUGCAGCAAAAUCACGCCAUCAGCUUUCGUGGGCAACCAGGCAUCACCGCGAGGUUCAUGCAAGCCUUUGAUCCCAACAUCACAGAAGAGUACAUCUCAUCGCUGAUAUUUCAAGAUCAGGCUGAUGCCGUCGGAAUGACUGGACUGCUCUACCUUAUGGACACAUUCGAUGCGAUUGACGAGAGUGUCAUGGAUUGCUGGAACGGCUUCUGCAGGCUCAGCGACGGUGCUUGUGAGUCCUUCGACAGACGAAGAGCCUUGCAGACAUUUCGAGCCCAGCGGCGAGUUCGGGAGGCAUGCGUCGCCGGCAACAUCAGCUUUGCGCCGUCGGUAAAUCCGCUGCCUCUGUCGCGGCUGGUAGAAAGCCAGCAAGCAGAUAUCUCUGUAACUCAAUUCUGGACCUGGAAUCGACUGUGGAACUUGUGUCUGUCACAUCAACUCCUUCGAGAAACUUCAGAUCAUCCAGAGUUACAAUAUGACUUCGCCUGUCACAUUGCGCAUGCUCUCAUUGCCUACUGCAACAGGCUAUCGUUGGCGGCGAUGGAGGUUCAUGGGAUCGGUAUGGCCGAGAAGAUCUUGGACGUGGCUAUGGGCAUCGUUAUGGCGCUGAGCACAUCAGGUCAACUUCGGCUGGAUACUACAUUGACGCCUUUAGAUCCCGAUGUCAUUCCAGGAAGUGAACAAGCACCCGGUAGCAAUGUCACGGUCCAAACCUUACUGGAAUCACUCGGUCGUUUGCUUGCAGACUUUCGAGGAGGAAACCACCCAUACAGCGCCAAGCUCGCAGUAGCACUGCAGCAAUUUCCGGGUCUCGACAGUCAAGUUGGAUGA